UUUACAUUCCAAGCAGUGUCUCGUGAUGUCAGUGACAACAAUGAAAAUAUUUUAAGAAUUUUACUUCCUUCUUCACCGUCGCUAUAAGAGAGAGGUCUUGGUCCAGAGUCUCUCUGAGCAACACAGCGAGCGAUCCCAGUGAAGCUCAUGGGUCAUGGCAAGCGCGACUCCCAUUGAGAGUGUGGAUAGUGAGCUGUGCUGCUCCAUCUGCCUGGGCACGUUUGUCUGCCCCUCCACACUGAGCUGCGGACACUCGUUCUGCCUGCUGUGCCUGGAGGCCGCCUGGGAGACGGCGAGCAGCUUCAGCUGCCCGCAGUGCCGAGCGACCUUCCCUGUGCGACCCCAGCUGAGGAGGAACGUGGCCCUCGCCAACCUGGUGGAGCAGCUCAGAGUUGGAGACGGGAUGGCCGCGGUCGUCAUGUGUGACAUCUGCGGUGACGGCCACACUCCUGCAGUGAAGACCUGCCUGAGAUGUGAGAUGUCCUACUGUUUUUCUCACUUUAGGACUCACGUGGAGAAUCCCAGGUUGAGAGACCACGCCGUGGUGGAUCCCAUUGCGAGCUUGGACGAGAGAAGAUGCCGUAAUCACAAACGGGAGCUGGAAUUCUACUGCACAGUAGAUAGAAGCCUGGUUUGCUCAUCUUGCACCAUCGCAGGUGAACACAAAGGACAUGAUGUCACCAUGCUGAAGGACGAGCACGAGACACGGAAGGUGAGGCCCUCAGAGACACGUGUUGGGGAGGAGACGCGAGCGGUGGAGGAGAAGAGGAAGGAGGCGGAGGAGUCUGUGAAGCGGAUGGAGGCCGCUCGCAAGGAGGCUCAGGAAUCGGUGGCCGGGAUCAGGAGUCGCAUCACGGGCAAGUUCGCCCGCCUAAAGAAGGCUCUGGACGAGGAUGAGAAGGAGGCUCUCCAACGCGUGGCCGUGAAGGAGCGCGAGCUGCUGUCCCAGAUAGACGAGGACAUCGCUCGUCACAAGCAGGAAAUCGGCGAGCUCCAGGCGGCGGCCGCUCGCCUGCGCACCCUGCAGCACGAGAGGGACUCGCUCGCCUUCCUGCAGGUGGGGAGCGCCUCUGUGGAGAUGCCGUUUGGGAGUCCAGAACAACAGAGCUGGCAGUGGCAGAGGGACUCGUGGUGCAAGGGGCUGCGUGUUAGACACUUGCAAUGUGUGAUAUGGAUGCUGAGUGUUCCAAUGCUGUGGUUAAACAAGGCUGUGUGUGAUGCUGUUGGUGGUUUUCCAAGGAGAGAGAUCCCAAAGGAAUCUGCACCCCCACGUCCCACUUCACUGGACGUCACCACAAUCUGCUCCCUUGAAAUGGUCGUGAACAGAUUCCUGCCUUUCGCUUAUGGACGAUCACCGACUCUGGACACAAACUCAGCCUGCGACCACCUCCAGAUUUCCUCGGACCUCAGGACGGCAACGUGGAGCGAUGUCCCCCAGGGUCGCCCCCAUCACCCACACCGCUUUGAGUGCUGGCGGCAAGCGCUGUGCUCUGAGAGCUUCUCGUCGGGUCAGCACUACUGGGAGGUGGACGUGGGGAGCGCGGAUGAGUGUCUGGUUGGAGUCGCGUAUGCGACGAUUCCACGGAGAGGGGAUGGUGCUGAGUGCCUCCUGGGAGAGAGCGACGUCUCCUGGUGUCUACAGAAACUUGGCGACAGCUUCUCAGUGCUGCAUGGCGGGGUAGAGACAUCACUGUCGGUGCCGCAGCCUCCGCGGAGAGUUGGGGUCCACCUGGACUGGGACGCGGGGCUGCUGUCGUUUUACAACGCCGACUCCAUGGCGCCGUUGCACUCGUUUCACCAAACAUUCACUCAGCCCUUACACCCUGGGCUGUGGGUGGGGGACUCGGUGAGGAUUGUGGAUCUGAGUGGUGCGUCCUGAGAGAAGUGAACGUGAACAGCGCAGAGGGCAGACGCCACGACGCACUGCGCUCGCCACCCUCGUCACCGUCACGCGCAGCGCCACGCCCUUGACUGGCUG